AUGAGUUUACCAUCUGAUAUUGAAGAAUUGUGCUCUCGUUUGGAGAAGGGAGUUAAAGUGACCGAUGUUGAAGAAUAUAAUAGCCUAGUUAAGGAUAUCCUAUGCUGCGAUAAUAGUAAAGAGCUUUUCAAGACUGUUACGCCGGAGAAGGUGGAAGAGGUUUUAACCAGAGCAUACCAAGACUAUUCUGAGUCUAGGAGUGUGCUUGUAAAUCAGGUUCAAAGCUCAGUACCUAGGGCUUUGACAAUAUUUGAAGCGCUAUCACCUCAGUCCGUGUAUAUUCUGGCAGGCUGCUUCUCUGAUGUGGAGAGUUCCUACAAAAUUUUAGAAGAGCUUAAAACGCGGAUCCAUUACGGCGAGGAUUUCCAUGUGAAAUACCUUUUGAAUGUAACCUUGCAGCUGUUGAGUAAGUUUGAUUACUCCUUCGACAAAAUUGCAUUCCUGGUCGAUGAGCUAUGUGAAAGAGGAAGAGAAAAUGAGAUCAGGCCCCUUAUGCUUGUCGUGUUCUCGAUGCUUGAAAAGAAGUUCGAGAAAGACUUCGAUCAAAAGUUUCUAAAAGAAAUGGACUCCUUGGUGAUGGAGUCAGAGGCUGACGUUGGCAAUGAUCCAUUGGAAAGUAUCAUUAAUAUUCUAAUGGAGUUGUAUCCUGUGCUAACAAGUUUGUGCUCCGAAGUCUUCUUGGGGGAGCGAUUAGUUAAGCAGUUCAAAAGGAAAGUGCUUGUCCAGGACGAUGAAGACUUCACCAAGAAUCUACUCAAAUUGUUCAGUAUCGCCUGUAUCGAUGAGAAUGUCAGAGUGUAUAUUUCUGAACACUAUAUUUCUCUUUUGGAACAAUCGAUCAAAAUCAAGGCAUAUACUGUGUUAACUACUCUGGUAUUAGUGAAAACAUGGUCAUUUGCCAAGCUGCAAAAUGUUUCGAUUAAUGCGUUGGCAGAGAUACUGAUUGAUGUCAUUAUGACUAUGGAUAUCGACGUUUGUAAGGAUGAAGAACUAAGUGCCAGUAUUGAAGGGUUGGCUUAUUUAAGUCUAAAAACAUCGGUCAAACAAUCGUUGAGAAAGAAAAAAAGAGUAUGCAAUCAACUGGCAGCACUCGCUAAAGCGGAAAAUAUGAAUUCUGACUCUUAUGGAAGUCUUGUUGUAUUAGGCAAUUUGAGCGUUUACCCUGAGGACAAGAAAGAUGGUUCCUCUUUGGAACCAAAAGCCAUGAGAGAUUUGAAAUCAUAUUCUGAUCUCAAGAGUCCUAUCGAUAGUAAUGGUGGGAGCAACGUAAAAGAAACCAAAGAGGAAGUUUUACAAUUCAAUACAGAGUACAUUGUGAAAGAACAGGUUCUUUCCGCUCUUUGUGCGAAAUUCGGAGGUUUAAGCCACGGUUCGAAGCAACAGGUGAUAAGGUUGAUUUACAACGUGACACGAGAUCGCACAUGCAUCGAUGAUUGUAUAAAACAGGGCUGCAUAACGUCAGUUUUAGAGUAUAUGGUCAACAACCAAAGCUCCAAGGACAUUGUAAAAGUAUAUGCAGCUAGAGCCUUGGCCAAGAUGCUGAUCUAUACAAAUCCUUCCCUGAUUUUUAAUAAAUACUCUCCUGUAAAUGCUAUUGGCCCAUUGUUUGAGUUAAUACCCAAAGUCGCUCCAAAUGCUCAAGACGAAUCGUUUGACUCUGAUCUCCUCACCGUAGUAGAUACCUACGAAGCCCUGCUCGCAUUAACAAACUUAGCAUCAACCGAAGGCUCCCAAGGGGAAGAGGUUUGUAAGCGUAUCGCAACCAAUGACGAAUUUUGGUCAAUGAUAGAAAAUUUAAUGUUAGAUGAGAAUACUGUACUUCAAAGAUCAACAUUGGAAUUAAUAGGUAAUCUAAUGAGCAACCCAUUACCAAUCGCGGCAAAAUUCUUCAAUUUCGAAAAUCCACGAAGUGUGAAGAAUUUUAAUGUUCUGGUCAAACUUCUCGAUUUAAAUGAUUUGCCUUCCCAAAGGGCCGUAACUGCUAUUUUUGCAAAUAUUGCAACAUCUGUUCCUUUCAUUGCUGUAGAGCUGUCUAAGCAACAGGAGCUUAUAGAUAGAAUGAUCGAUUUGUUCGCAGAACAGUGGGAAGACGAAGAGCUGAGCCACAGGCUAAUCAUUUUUUUUUAUGCCAUUAUGGAUGAGUUGCCUGCUGAGGACUCAUACUUGUCAGGUAACAACAGGCUUAAAGAAUGUCUGGAGAGGGCUCAAAAACUCACAAACCGAGAUCCCCAGGUUUCAGAAAUGCUCUCCAUUGUGCUUUCAAAGUUCAAAGUAUGA